GCGCCUGCGCGGAAGAAUAGUGUCGUCGAGUCAGGCAGCGAAGGCAGCUGCUGUAGUAGUGACCCUCAAACCUCGCCAUGAAGACUCGCUUUAGCACUAUUGACCUCCGCGCGGUACUUGCAGAGUUGAAUGCCAGCUUGCUAGGAAUGAGAGUAAACAAUGUUUAUGAUGUGGAUAAUAAGACAUACCUCAUUCGUCUUCAAAAACCAGACUUUAAAGCCACACUUUUACUUGAAUCUGGGAUACGAAUCCACACAACAGAGUUUGAGUGGCCUAAGAAUAUGAUGCCAUCUAGUUUUGCUAUGAAGUGCCGAAAACAUUUGAAGAGUCGGAGAUUAGUCAGUGCAAAACAACUUGGUGUGGAUAGAAUUGUAGAUUUUCAGUUUGGAAGUGAUGAAGCCGCUUAUCACUUAAUCAUUGAGCUCUAUGACAGGGGGAACAUUGUUCUUACAGAUUAUGAGUACCUAAUUUUAAAUAUCCUAAGGUUUCGAACUGACGAAGCAGAUGAUGUUAAGUUUGCGGUUCGAGAACGCUACCCAAUUGAUCAUGCUAGAGCUGCUGAACCUUUGCUUACCUUAGAAAGACUGACUGAAAUAAUAGCCAGUGCACCUAAGGGCGAACUACUGAAGAGAGUUCUUAAUCCCUUACUUCCCUAUGGACCAGCUCUUAUUGAACACUGUCUUAUAGAAAAUGGAUUCUCCAGCAAUGUCAAAGUGGGUGAAAAAUUUGAAAGUAAAGAUAUUGAAAAAGUACUUGUUUGUCUGCAGAAAGCAGAAGACUAUAUGAAAACAACAUUGAACUUCAGUGGAAAGGGCUAUAUCAUUCAGAAAAGAGAAAGAAAACCAAGCCUGGCUACAGAUAAACCAACUGAAGAUAUACUCACGUACGAAGAAUUUCAUCCUUUCUUAUUUUCUCAACAUUUACAAUGUCCAUAUAUAGAAUUUGAAUCAUUUGACAAGGCCGUGGAUGAAUUUUAUUCCAAGAUAGAAGGUCAGAAAAUAGACUUAAAAGCUUUACAACAGGAAAAACAGGCAUUGAAGAAAUUAGAUAAUGUCCGAAAGGAUCAUGAAAACAGAUUAGAAGCUCUUCAGCAGGCUCAGGAAAUAGAUAAACUUAAAGGAGAGCUCAUAGAAAUGAACCUACAAAUAGUUGACAGAGCCAUUCAGGUAGUUCGAAGUGCUUUAGCCAACCAGAUAGACUGGACAGAAAUUGGAUUAAUUGUGAAAGAAGCCCAAGCUCAAGGAGAUCCUGUUGCAAAUGCAAUCAAAGAAUUAAAGCUGCAAACAAAUCACGUUACAAUGCUGCUAAGAAAUCCAUACUUGUUAUCAGAGGAGGAAGAUGAUGAUAUUGAUGGUAACAUCGGUGUUGAGAAAAAUGAAACAGAACCACCAAAAGGAAAAAAGAAAAAGCAAAAAAAUAAACAGUUGCAGAAGCCUCAGAAAAAUAAGCCCUUACCUGUUGAUGUUGAUCUUAGCUUGUCAGCGUAUGCCAAUGCCAAAAAGUAUUAUGAUCACAAGAGAUAUGCCGCUAAAAAAACACAGAAGACUGUUGAAGCUGCUGAGAAGGCAUUCAAAUCGGCAGAAAAGAAAACAAAGCAAACGUUUGAGAAAUUUCUGUGGUUCAUUAGCUCAGAGAACUAUCUAAUUAUAGGUGGACGAGAUCAGCAACAGAAUGAAAUAAUUGUGAAAAGAUACUUGACAGCAGGGGACAUUUAUGUACAUGCUGAUCUUCAUGGUGCAACUAGCUGUGUAAUUAAGAACCCAACAGGAGAACCGAUCCCACCUCGGACCUUGACUGAAGCUGGUACAAUGGCUCUUUGCUAUAGUGCUGCUUGGGAUGCACGAGUUAUCACUAGUGCUUGGUGGGUGUACCAUCAUCAGGUGUCCAAAACAGCACCAACUGGAGAAUAUUUGACAACAGGAAGCUUCAUGAUAAGAGGAAAAAAGAAUUUUCUUCCUCCUUCAUAUCUAAUGAUGGGGUUUAGCUUCCUCUUUAAGGUAGAUGAGUCCUGUGUUUGGAGACACCGGAGUGAACGAAAAGUCAGAGUGCAGGAUGAAGAUAUGGAGACAUUGGCAAGUUGCACAAGUGAGCUUAUAUCAGAAGAGAUGGAACAACUAGAUGGAGGUGACAGUAGCAGUGAAGAGGGUAAAGACGAAUUACAUGAAACUCCUGUAGAAAUAGAACUCAUGACUCAGAUUGACCAAGAGGGCAUUACUGUUCAGAGUGGUGGAGAUGAGCUAAAUGAGGACCUGAUUCAGGAGGAAAGUUCUGAGGAUGAAGGAGAAUCUGAAGAAGUGGUAAAAGAUGAGGAGCUGGUUGGUGAAAUGAAGGAUGAAGAGGAAGAGAUAUUAAAUUAUCCUGAUACUACCAUUGACUUGUCGCAUCUUCAAUCCCAAAGGUCCCUCCAGAAAUUGGCUUCAAAAGAGGAAUCUUCUAAUUUGAGUGACAGCAAAUUACAGAGCCGGAGACAUUUGUCAGCCAAAGAAAGAAGGGAAAUGAAGAAGAAAAAGCUUCCAAAUGAUUCAGGGGAUUUAGAAGAGAUAGAGGGAAAGGACAAAGAAAAAGAAAGUGCCCUGCACAGUGAGACUCAUCAGAACACAAGCAAAAAUUUUCCAGCUGGGCAGCCAGUGAAGCGAGGACAAAAGAGUAAAAUGAAAAAAAUGAAGGAAAAAUACAAAGACCAAGAUGAAGAAGAGCGUGAACUUAUCAUGAAAUUGCUGGGGUCUGCAGGUUCAAACAAAGAAGAAAAAGGAAAGAAGGGGAAGAAAGGCAAAACAAAAGAUGAACCAGUGAAGAAGCAGCCCCAGAAACCUAGAGGUGGGCCAAGGGUUUCUGACAGCAUUAAGAAAGAAACUCCCUCCCUAGAGGUUCUCACUCCUGAGUUUAAAGACUUGGCUGUAGACGAUCCACAUGAUGACAAGGACGAGCAAGAUCUAGAUCAACAGGGAAAUGAGGAAAAUCUAUUUGAUUCUUUGACAGGGCAGCCACAUCCUGAAGAUAUUCUAUUGUUUGCCAUUCCAAUAUGUGCCCCUUAUACCACCAUGGCAAACUAUAAAUACAAAGUGAAGCUUACUCCUGGAGUUCAGAAAAAAGGAAAAGCUGCAAAAACAGCCUUGAACAGUUUCAUGCAUUCCAAAGAAGCAACAGCAAGAGAAAAAGACUUAUUCCGCAGUGUAAAGGACACAGAUUUAUCAAGAAACAUUCCUGGAAAAGUGAAAGUGUCUGCACCCAAUCUUCUGAAUGUAAAAAAGAAAUAGCUGAAUGAGAUCAUAAAAUACUCUAUUGAGAAGAGCCAAUUUUAUAGCCUUUUGGAAGUUAAAAGAUGAAAAGACCAUGUAACAAGACUUCUGAAUUUAAAUAAUGAACUAAAGAUUGCCUUGCUGUAUUUGCCAAAAGGACUUUGUUUUUUCCAGUUUUAUAUAGAGGAAACACUAUCUAUCUAUGGUAGGAUUUCCUAAAAUAUUUGUGGACAAUUAGAAUAACUAACUAUAAUUGUAUACAACUGUAUUCUCCUACAUUUACUUGAAAUUUGGGAGGUUAAUACCAAGUAUUCAUAUUUCAUGUUGUAAAGAAA